AUGGAUUAUGAAAAUCAAACUUUUGUGAUUGAGUUUUUAUUCAUGGGCUUAACAAAUUAUUUCCAGUACCAGGUUGUUCUCUUUGUGAUACUUCUCUUGGUUUAUCUUGUCACUUUUCUGGAAAACUUGGGGAUGAUCAUCCUCAUUUGGAUAGAUUCCCGACUCCAAACCCCCAUGUACUUUUUUCUCAGUCACUUGUCCUUUGUGGAUGUGUGCUCUGCUUCUGCCACUGGUCCCAAGAUGUUGACUGACAUCUUUGUGGAGAAAAAAGUCAUCUCUUUCCUUGGCUGUGCUGCCCAGUUAUGGAUUAUUUGUCAGUUUGUAGUGACCGGCUGUUUCCUCCUGGCUUCCAUGGCAUAUGACCGGUAUGUAGCUAUUUGUAAGCCCUUGUUGUAUACACUCAAUAUGUCCCAGCGGGUCUGUGUGCAGCUGGUGGUAGGGCCAUAUAUACUAGGUCUUAUAAGUGCCAUGACCCAUACGACGUUUGCCUUUCACCUCCCUUACUGUGGUCCAAAAAUCAUCAAUCACUUCUUCUGCGACCUUCUUCCGGUUCUCUCUCUGGCAUGUGCAGACACCCAGGUCAAUAAACUUUUGCUUUUCAUCUUGGCUGGAGCUCUGGGGGUACUCAGUGGCAUGAUCAUCAUGGUCUCCUACAUUUAUAUCAUCAUCGCCAUCCUGAAGAUCCGCUCUGCUGACGGGAGGCACCGAGCUUUCUCCACCUGCUUUUCUCACCUCACGGUGGUCUCCAUCCUUUAUGGGACACUCUUCUUUAUCUAUGUAUGUCCGAGUUCUAGUUUCUCCCUGGGCAUCAGUAAAGUGGUGUCUGUGUUUUAUACAGCUGUGAUUCCCAUGUUAAACCCACUUAUCUACAGCCUGAGAAACAAGGAAGUCAAGGAUUCAUUCCUAAGGAUGUUUGAAAGGAAGAAGUUCCUGAUGAGCAGGUGA